GAAGGCAAAGGCGCCCUACAGGCGAUAAAACUCUAUAUUUUGAUUGUGUACUGCGACAAAACACCAUUCAACCGCACGUUAUGUAGAGUUCUACAUCAAUAGGAUGCUUGAUAAUGGGUACCUUACGGCAUCUUGCAUAUCAAAUCAGAGCUGAUACUGCUUGAGCAAUGCAGAUGUUCUUUUCUUGGACUUCCAAGGCAGAUCAUAAUCUACCCUCGGGACACUCAUGCACUUCUCUCGACUUCUUUCGACUCCUGAGUCACUCCUCAACUUGAGCGCAAGCGUCGCUGUUCUUUUGUGAUCACUACGCAUUUGAGAGAAGAGACCUGACAAUUCAAUUUCUCUAUACUAUAUUUUCUGUAGUAAAAGAGCAGAUGUAACUCUCGUCCUUUCUUCUCCUGAGCUGAAUAGAACGCACAUCCACGUUGCUGAGUUGUAUGGCUGAGGAGUCAAGAGGACUUUUUGGAAGACUGGGGAGGGCCAGUGGAUCAGCACAGAGUGUCCUACUACCCCAGCGUGCACCUUCCAGCGCUCCAUACUUCACAACAAGCAGGAGUGCACAGCUUAUCAACAAUCCUGCCCUCGAGGGCACCGCAAUCCUGAAUGACGUCCAGCCAAACAGACUCACCAGGAGACCUCAGCGCGCUGAGCCGCGACAAGUGUUUAAUCUUAAUCACCCGGAGUUCGUCAUCACCUGGGGCGCACAGUUUCCAGACAAACUCAAGAUCAGAAAGGAGAUCAAGCUCUGGCCCCUCCGCUUCAAGUUGCGUGCGGACUACUGCCAAUUGAACAGAACCUUUGAGUAUGGGUGCUCAUGCAAGGAUGCUUUGUUUGGGGGACGCAUCAGGGUGAAUGUCCCUCAACAAGAAAUCGAAUACAGGAAGCGAAUCCCACUCUACAAUGGACAUAUGGGCGUCACAGCCCGUGCCAGCUAUGCAGGCUUGUUGUCAGCAGAGCCGCAGUUCAGGCCACACCUUGGCUUUGAGUACGAGCUGGGCGGCGGCGCUGCCAUUUGGGCUGGCAAUCACGUCAAUCUGCGGCAUCAGUUCAGGCUGUCAAGGGGACUCGGAAUAGAGGUGUGCGGAGAGGCGCAACUACCCACUCCAGCAGCUCGGUACUCGUGGCAGCACGAUAAUGCACAGGAGUUGUCAGUGGGAGAGGGAGCAUUCAAGCUCCAUGUGGGGCAAGUGAAUGUGGUUGUGAACUUGUGAGGUUCACUGUUCUGUGCAGUUGACGUACCAAAGCGCACAGUUGUUCAUGUACAAUUAGUCGACAACCCCCCCACAGCUGUUUAUGCUGUGUAUGUUUGUCCCUUGUUCGCAUUGCAGCACUGGACACUGCAGAGAAUUGAGUCGACCCAAUCUCAUAUGAGAUUGCGUUGCAAAGACAUCUAUAUGUUGUGAUUGUGAUCAGUUGUGUUGAUUUUGGUGUUCACCACCUUCGUUGACAGAGAUUGCUUAUGGCUAGGCGCUCAAUGGAAGCUUUUAAUCUGUGCAACCAGCC